GUCGCGGGCGGCGUGGGGCUGCGCGUGGGGACACGCGGGCGGAGGGCCGCAGGGCCCAUCGCGGUGCGAGCGCGGGGCCGCCGGCCCGGGGUGGCCGGGCGUCCGCGGGCGCGUUUUCAGGUCGAAUCACGCGCAGCCUGCGAGCUGCGGCUCCGGAGCUCGGGCCGGGCUGCUUCCCCCGAGAGGAUCACAUUGUAUACCGGCUCGGCGUGAUUUCCUUCCGGGAGGAGCAGGUCUCGCAAGAUCGGGGUCACGGUUGAAGAGUUCAGCUUUCGGAGUCAGAGCCCCAUGGCCGGAGGUUACGGAGUGAUGGGAGAUGAUGGCUCUAUUGAUUACACUGUUCAUGAAGCCUGGAACGAAGCCACCAAUGUUUAUUUGAUAGUUAUCCUCGUUAGCUUCGGGCUCUUCAUGUAUGCCAAGAGGAAUAAAAGGAAAAUUAUGAGGAUAUUCAGUGUGCCACCUACAGAAGAAACUUUGUCAGAGCCCAACUUUUACGACACAAUAAGCAAAAUUCGUUUACGACAACAACUGGAAAUGUAUUCCCUUUCAAGGAAAUAUGACUGUCAACAGCCACAGAACCAAGCUGACAGUGUGCAGCUCUCCUUAGAAUGAAGCCUCAGAAGAUGAGCGCCGUAAGUGAUUGCUGUUAGACAGUAGGCAGAAGCUCCCAGUUCUUUGUACUAAGUCACGAACAGCAUUGUAAAAAAAAACCUGUUUGCAUAAAAGCAUUUCACUUGUGACUUUUUCCAAUUUUUUUGCAUUAUAUUUUGCUUAUUUUAAUUGCAUCUCCAAGUCAUUUGUUACACAGAUACAAAUGGCUCAACAGGUCUGGACACAGGGAGCCUGCGUGGACCCAGCAGAUACAGUGGAACCAGAGACGGUGGCUUUACCUGGUGAAGACCUUUGAUUUCUUUAGGAUAUAAUCAAUGAGAAACAGAAACACAGCUUGGGAAAUGAGAAUCCUGGAGCUUAUGCCUCUUUGAUAAGAAAAUUUUUGCAAAAUUAAAAAACAAAAAUUCAGCCAUUGGAAUAACUUCCUCCUAGAUUGUGUCCUGUAACUGUAAUGUCAGUGCAGUGAAUUUGUGUUGUUACUGUUGCUAACGACUCUUUAAUUGAAUUAAUGGUUUUUGCUUGUAGAUUGUCUCUUCUACAUCAUGGAGCAUACCCAUCUGCUAAUUUUAGAAGCUUUCUGUAACUGCAUUUUUUUCCUCAUUAAUUAUGUUCCCAGGAGUUUGUUUGUUUUUAAUCUCCCAGUUUCACUUCCACCAGAUGGCUCUUCCUUAGGCCAUGCCAGGGCCAUGCUGUGGGGUGAACAGACACCUCUGUGUUGGAGUUGGCAGCUCUUGGUCGUAUCACUAUCACUGUUGCAUGUUACUGUCUGCUAACUUCUGCUUUUUUAGCAUAAUAAGCUUUCCUAAAGAGCCUUAUAUCUUAUCCCAUUUUGUACUGUACACAAUGAAAUGUUUUUACCUAAUUUUUCAUAUUUAUUUAAAUAAAAGCUUGGAGGUAGUGGUAGGAAAGUUUAACUGUCCAUGUAGCUCAAAGAAUCAGUUUUUGGAUUAAAGCUAUUCUUAAUUAUAAGAGUUAAUCA